CUGGAAAUAAAUUCCUGAUCAACAACAUCUAACAUCGCAACAACAUCCAAAAUUCCACUCGUUCCAACAGGGUGCCUUCAUUAUUGAGAAAGGCGGGUGUCUUGGGCGCUGUGUACCGUUCCAUGAUGGCAAACUCGAAGAAUGGCCUUCCGAAUGGUACUUCAGCGACCCAGUACACAUUGACUGCGCUGAAUCGCUGGUCUGUUGCAAACAGGCAGCUCCCACCCGUUGAAAAAAUCAAAGCACUUCAUGUCUAUGAUUUCGAUAACACUCUCUUCAACAGUCCCUUGCCCAAUCCAAAGCUAUGGAACGGCCCAUCGAUUGGCUUUCUACAGACCCAAGAUACGUUUGCAACGGGCGGAUGGUGGCACGACGCGAGAAUACUUGCAGCGACAGGAGAGGGUAUUGAGAAGGAAGAAGCUCGAGGCUGGGAAGGAUGGUGGAAUGAACGAAUCGUUGAACUCAUCCAACUAAGCAUGCAGCAAAAAGAUGCUCUUACUGUCCUCCUGACUGGACGUUCGGAAACUAACUUUGCGGACCUGGUCAAGAGAAUGGUCCGUAGUAAAGGACUCGAGUUUGAUAUGAUUUCCCUGAAGCCGGCAGCAGGCCCGAACAAUCAACGAUUCACGAGUACCAUGAAUUUCAAACAGGUCUUUUUAGAAAGUUUGAUGGAAACGUACAAAGCGGCGGAGGAAAUUCGAGUCUAUGAAGACAGGGUCAACCACGUCAAAAAUUUCAGAAUUUUCUUCACAGACUACAACAAGCGUCAAAAUGGCGUUGGAGGAACACCAACUCGUGGACCUAUCACCGCUGAGGUAAUCCAAGUGGCUGACGGAGCGAUGAUGCUUGAUCCUAUUCAAGAAACUGCGGAGGUACAGCGGAUCAUCAAUGAUCAUAAUGCCGCUAUCAGCAAGGGCAAAAGCGGAAGACGCCUAAUGAUCAAGAAGACCGUUUUCUAUACCGGAUAUUUAAUCAACAACACUGACACUCAGAAGUUGCUUACCCUAGCUCAGCUUCCACCAAACAUGCCGGAUACGGAGAUGAAGUUUCUUGCCAACAAUGUUCUUAUCACCCCCCGUCCUUGUCCAAAUAGCAUUUUGGAGAAGGUGGGUGGAAUGGGUAGCAAGACAACCUGGGAAGUUACGGGCACGGCAGUUUUUGAGAAUAAGAUCUGGGCUGCCCAGGUGCGACCCGUCCCGGAAACCAAGAAAUACUAUACCGAGAAUCCAGUUCCCAUCGUGGUGCUCGCCCUUCGCAAAGGUGCUCGGCCCAUCGAUGCAGGUAAGAUUCAGAACUGGCAACCCGUCCCACCAGAGAAGCAAUUCGUUUUUGAGACUACUGUUGGCGAGAAAGUCCUGCUUCGGAUAGAAGAGGAGGAUCCCCAAGAGAAUGAGUAUGAAAGUCUUUUCCCGAACAAGUCAUUCAAGCGUAAGCACGCACAAGAUGACGAGAGCUCCAACAAUAGGCAAUCCAGCGGCUCACACGCCUAUGGGCAAGGCCAAGGCGGCCGCGGUGGUAACCAGCAACAGAACUACGGUGGUGGGCGGGGCGGGAGGGGUAAUUACCGAGGCAGCGGCUCACAACGUGGGAAUCGUGGGGGACGCGGCAAUGGAGGUGGUGGUAGGGGUAGGGGACGAGGUGGGGGAUUUAACUACCGAUCACUGGACGACGUCGGUGAGAAACCUGCCUACAAUUCCGCACCUCCAAACUACAAUGUUGCCGUGGCAUACGAAGAUUUCCCGCCAUUGCAGAAGCAGUAUCAGACACCUCAACAACUGGUCCAACAGCAGUUCGAACAAUAUCAACAAUACCAGCAACAACUUCAGGGGAAGAAUGGUAAUGGAGGGGGCAAGCAGGGAGGUGGAACCGGAGAGUUGCCUUACUUCUAAGCCCUCGAGACUUCUGUAUCAUGAACGGCCGUGUCUGCUCAGUAUUUGCACAUAUCUGGACAUGCUGUACAUUGCUAUGCAUUAAUGGUGUUGGAGUGUCAUCUUUAUAUCCCAGGUCGCUUGUUAGCAUUGCUUGCGAAGAAAAAGGCGUCUAGGGCACCCCUUUUCCAUAGGGAUAUGAUUCUGUACAUCAAAUUCAAAGUUCUAUCAAAGUCGGGCUAGCUGCCAGUGCCAGUACCACCAUGAUAUCCAUCUCCCUGCCG